UGCGCAAAUACUGCUGGGCACACAGACAAAAUGUGCGCACACUCCACACCAAACAGGAAGACUGUUUCUGGUGGCUGGUGACCCGUCAGAUUUGUCUCUGAAGAGGAAUGUUUCUGAACGGUUGCCUCUGAAGAACGCAGUGGGAAACUAAAUGAAAGGAGAAGGAAUGGGAGUUCGUCCCUCACCUCUCUGACUCUGGGGAAGUCAUCCAAAAGCCAAGAGGGUGAUGGUUUCAAACUAAUCCCUUAAGCCAACACGUUUCAGUCAUGUUCACUCCCAGGAAAAACAGCCUCCCCUCGCCCAGCCUGGAGGACUCCUUCUUUCCUCUCUCCUCUUCCUCUUCGGUGUCUCUCUUUGCUUUGCAGUCGGCCUCGUCCCCCCCUGACGGCGUGGAUGGCGGGGGGGCGAUAGAGACUGACCUGAUACUGGCUGCAGAACUGGGACGGGCCUUGCUGGAGAAGAACGAGGAGCUGGCAGAAACUCUGCAGCAGAGAGAGAAAGAGGUGGAGGCUUUACAGCAGGAGAAGCACGUCCUGCAGAGGAAGCUGGAGAUGAAUGAACUGGAGUCUGGGCAGAAGGAGUCAGAGCUCAACACAGACUUAGCUUCACUGAGGGCAGAGCUGCAGAAAUACCACAGCGAGGGGCGGGACCGGAGGAAAGACGACAGCGAGCAGAUGACUCAGUUGGCCAAUCACAACCAGAGACUAGUGGAGCAACUAUCUGAGGCUGUAACACUGGAGCACUCCCUGAGGACCGAGCUCCGCACCCUCAGAGAAGAGAUGGAGGAGUCAUCCUUUAGUCGAAAUAUCAGCUUCACACAAUUAGAAAAUAUGCAAGCUGAGAACAGAGUAUUGCAGGAGCGGCUGUUGCACAUGGAGACGCAGCUAAAAGCGUCAGAGGAUAACAGCCAGAGGCUCCGUGUGGAGAGAGACGGACUGCGGGACAGACUGUCAGAGCUUCAUGUUAAACUGACUGAGAAGGAAGCUGAGAUAGAGCAGGAGCAGGGGGUUGUGUUUGAGUUACGUACCUUGAAUCGCUCUUUGCAACAAAAAGAUCUGAACCUGGGAGAGGAGAGCUUCCCGGACAGUACGCACACACAACCUUUGUCUCUGCUCAGUGAAAUUCAGCAGACACAGGCUACAGAGGCUCUCUUGGCUCACUCCUCAGCGCUGCAGGCCAAAGAUGAAGAAAUACAAGCAUUAAAGGACGAGUUCCAGUCUCAGCAAAAGGAACUUGAGUCUCUCAGGGAAGAAAUUAAACCCUUCAGAGGAGGAGAAAAUCAGAGCUACAGCUCUCUGGAGAGUGAACUGGCCAAAGUCCAUCAGGAGAAAGAAACGCUCACUCAGCAGCUUCUCAACACAAUCAAACACAAGGUGGUGCUGACUCAAGAACUGGAUGCCUGGCAGGAGGACAUGCGCUUCGUCAUCAAUCAACAGGUGCUGCAAAGGGAAGAGGAGAAGAAGAAGAAGAAGAAGAAGGAGGAAAAGCAGGAGAAGGAGAGCCCUUUUGGACUCCAAAGGAGCAAGUCUUUGAAAGUGAAGGGUGAAGGAGGAAAAGGAUUCUUUUCCUCUUUAUUCAAGGACAAAUAAGACUCGGCUUCAUUUGUCCUUUUGGCAGCAGACGAUGGACGCUGAUCAAUAUCAGCAAUUUAAAUGUUUACAAUUGUACUAUCUGAAUGUACUUUUCUGUUUGUAAUUAUGUACAGCAUAUUAAUAAUUUUAAACUUUUAAUAAAAACAUUACAAUUUCAUGUGAUUUUUCUUCUGUAAUCUGCAAACAAUCUCCUAUUUUUUAUGUAAAUAUAGGGGAACAGACUGUUUCCUUCAUUAUUCUAUUUAAAAUUGUGUACUUCAAGCAGGAAGAGCUGAUGGUCAGAACACAGGGUGAGAUUAGAAGAGGUGAGGUAUUAUGUUUUCCUGCUGUGAAUCAUGCAAAGCAUUAUCUCAGAGAAAGAGCUAAAAAUAAGAAAGUGCCUCUGUGUGGUUCAUAAAUGUGAAGGGGAGGGGGAAUUUUGAUUGUCAUGGAACCAUGACUGAAACCAUCAUGUUUUAGCCUCUAGUAGAAAACAAUGAGAGCAUUUCUAUCUUUUCUCCCAGAAUCACAAUUUGGAUUCUAAAUGGUCGGUAAGUUUGGACUGACUGUUUUAGUGAAUAUUUUUCUGAAUUGUCAAGAGUUGCCAGAGAGUCAAUU